AUGGACACACAGAAGGCCUCAAUUACUGCCUCAAGGCGGCAGUACGAGGCUUGCUGCAGCUCAGCAGUGCAGCAAAUGACGGAGGCCCUUCGUAUGUCUGCAAAGAUUGUAGAUACAGCAAAGAGUCAAUAUAUAAAUAGGGGUAGCUUGCUGCAGCAGCAGCAGCAGCAGCAGCAGCAGCAGCAGCAUUUAUCCUUGCUGUCUUCUGCUGCUGCUUUCUCCUCCAUUGACCCUUACACCAACAGCAUCAGCAGCCAACCAACUGCAGCAGCAGCAGCAGGAGGGCAGCAGCAGCUAGGAGCACACAGAGAAGAGGAGAUGCAUAUGCUAAAGGAAGCAUUAGGGCAGCGGUUUGCCUCAACAGCAGCAGCAGCUGCAGCAGCAGCAGCAGGCGGAGGAGGGAUAGGCCAUGCUGGUGGGAGCAGGAGUGGCGGAACAGCAGCAGCAGCAGCUGCUGCUGCUGUUGCAGCAGCAGCAGCAGUACAGAGCCAACGAGGUAGACAAAGGGAAUGCGUAAACAUAGUAAGCUCCUUACAAAGAGCAGCAGCAGCAGCAGCAGCAGAUGAUGAGGAGACAGUGCAGCAGCUGCCUGAAUAUCUUACUGUCCCUGUUGCUGUACAGCUAGGACUAGCAGCAGAUAAGAGUCCAGCAGAUGUGCAGCGGCUGCAGCGGCUGCAGCAGCAGCUGCAGCAGACGUUGCUGCCAACAGGAACAACACCAACAGCAGCAGCAGCAGCUGCAGCAGCAGCAACAGCAGGUGCUGCAGGAGCAGCAGAUACACGUCUGCUGCAGCGGCUGCUGCUAAGGGGACAGGAGACGAUCCCGAGACGAUCCCAAGCGCAUGCAGCAUUUGCUGCGCUGCAGCGAACAGAAGCAGCAACCAUCAGCAGCCCCGAGGUGCUGCAGGGGUUUAUAAGAAUGCGGCCUAUAGGGUGUUACUUUUGUGCUGCUCUGCUGCUGCUGAUGCUCCUUCUUUUGCUGUUGCUGCUGUUGCUGCUGCUGCAGCAGCAGGAGGAGGAGCAGCAAUCAAGGGGCCGUGGAGGGGGACGAAGGAUGAAGGUUGCAUCCCCUAUUCCUCCCCCUAUAGAACCCGAGGAUUCUGCUGCUGCUGCUGCACCACUUGUACGAACAAUAAGAGUAGGGAAGGUUGGUCCUAUAGUAACGGAGCUACAGUUUGAUGAAUCUGGUGCUGCUCCUGCUGCUGCUGCUGCAGCAACAGCAGCAACAGCAAGAAGGAGGAAGCCGGGUGUAGAGGCUGCUGUACAAACAGAAGUUAUUCAAUAUAACCCCACACCUAAAGCUCCUGCGGUAGCAUCAGCUCCCCGUAUAAGCAGCAGCAGCAACCGCCGCAGCAGCAGCAACAGCAGCAACAGCAGCAGGAGCAGCAGAUAUGAUGGUGUAUGGAUAUCUUCUUCAUCAUCAGAUGAUUCUGCUGCUUCUUCUUGUUUAUCUCCUUCUGAUUCAGAAGCAGAUUCUCCUGCUGCUGCUGCUGCAGCAGCAGCAGCAGCUGGUUCUGCUGCUGCUGCUGGUGGUGGUGGUGUUAGUGCAAGUGGGAGUGGCGACAGCAGCAGCAGGAGUGGCAGCAACAGCAGCAGCAGCAGCAGCAGGAGUAUAAGCAGCAAAGGUGACGUGAAUAUAGAUAAAGAGGAGGAAUUGCUGCAGCAAUGGCAGCAGCAACUUCAGGUGUAUACGCAGCUAUAUUAUACACCUAUACAAGACAUGAUGCAGGGUAUACCCCAGCGCUGGCUGCCUAGGCUAGGUGCUGCUGCUGCUGCUGCUGCUGCUGAUGGUGAUGGCCCUGCUGCUGCUGCUGUUGGGGAUAUUGACUUGCUAGAUGCAUUGGGGAAAGGAAAACAUACGUUAACAGCACCGCAGCAGCAGCAACUGCAGCAGCAGCAACUGCAGCAACAGCAGCAACUUGCUGCUAAUCCAUACAUGUUCGUGCUGCAGGGACUAGAGCCAGAUACUAUGUCUGCUGCUGCUGCUGCAGCAGCAGGAGCAGCAAAUGGCUGCGUACCUUCUCCUGUUGUCCCUAAGCUAAACCCUGAGGACAAUAAGGAUACUGAUAACCCAGCAGCAGCAGCAGCAGCAGCAGCAACAGCAGCAGAUGCAGCAGCAAUUGAGGCCUCUAUGUCUUACUACUUCGGCCCUGACUAUAAGAAAUACAUAGGAGACACAUUUGCUGCUGCACCUGUCUUGGAUUUAGCAGCAGAGGAUACAUCAGCAGCAGCAGCAGCAGCAGCUGCUGCUGCUGCUGCGAUGGGGGGAGCGGACCCGCAGCAGCAACAGAUGUUCUGGGCAUAUAUGAUGCAGCAGCAACUCCUGCAGCAGCAGAUGCAGAUGCAGAUGCAGAUGCAGCAACAGCAGCAAGAAGAAGAGCAGCAGGAGGACGAUGAUGAUGAUGCCUCACCUUCCUCAGCAGCAACAUCUGCGAGCAGCAGCAGCAGCAGCAGGAGCAGCAGCAAAAACAGCAGUAGCAGCAGCAGCAGCAACAACAGAAGCAGUAGCAGCAGCUGCAGCAGCAGCAGCGAGUUUUCUUCAUUGGAUGAGGAGGAGCAGCAGCAGCUGCAGCUGCCAUCAAGAAGACGCAUAAUCAGCAGCAGCAGCAGCAGCAACAACAACAAUGACAACAGCAGCAGCAGCAGCAGGAGGGGCUACCGUGCUGCUGCUGCAGGGGAUAAGGGGGACGCAGAAACAGCCCAACUGCAACAACAGCAGCAGCAGCAACAACAACAGCAGCAGCAGCAACAGCAGGUUGCUGCGGAGGAAGCACCAGCAGCAAAGAUGGACAAACAAAUCUCCCCAAAACAGGAAGACACGCAGCAGCAGCAAAUGCAGCAGCAGCAGCAAAUGCUGCAGCAGCAGCAGCAGCAGCAGCAGCAAGUGCAGCAGCAGCAGCAGCAUAUAAAGGUACAGCUAGACCAAUUAUUAAAGGCGCAGCAAGCUGUUGCUCGUGCUGCUAACCUAAGGGCUCGCAUAACAGCAGCAAAUACAAUAAGGGAGAUAAAUAAAUCUGCUGCUGCUGCUGCUGCUGCUGCUGCUGCUCGUCAGAGAGAAAGGCUGCCACCAGAGAUACUCAAUGUGUUGCUGCCUGCGCAGCAGAAGCAGCAGGAAGAACACCAGCAGCAGGAAGAAGAGCAGCAACAAGAUGAGCAGCAACAAGAUGAGCAGGAGGAGGAGGAGCAGCAGCAGCAACAGCCGCUGCAGCCGCAGCAGCAGCAGCAGCAGGGAUUGGGGAGAUACGGUCGGCGUAGCUUAGGAGCAGCAGCAGAUAACUCUUUAUUUGCUGCUGCUGCUGCUGCUGCUGCAGAGGGUUCACUGCCACUACGCAGCACAGGCGGAUCAUCAAGACGUACUCAUUCUCCAAAUUUUGGUUUGCCUGCUGACAGCAGCAGCGAGGACGAAUUAACAACCCCAGCAGCAGCAGCAGCAGCAGCAGCAGAAGCCGCAGCACCAGCAACUGCAGCAGGAGGAGGAGGAGCAGCAGGAGCAACAGGAGCAGCAGCAGGAGAAGCAGCAGCACCUCCUGGUGAUAGUUUAUGGCCAUCUGUUCAAGAGUUGUAUCAUCAAUUUGGUCUAUGGACAGCAGCAGACAGAGAAGCAGCAGAAGCAGCAGCAGCAGAAGCAGCAGCAAGAGAUGCUGCUGAAUUAGAUAUGCUGCUGCACCCACAGCAGCAGCAGCAGCAGCAGCAGCAGCAGCAAUCGUUCCCAUGGGAGGAGGAUCCGAUCCCCACUUUGCGGCCACGUAGAAGACUUGAAGAACUCACGAAACACUUGCAGCAGCAGCAGCAGCAGCAGCAACAGCAGCAGCAGCAGCAGCAGCUGGGAGGUGCUGGGACUCGGUCCUUCUCUUGGGAGGACGAGCCAAUCCCCACUAUGAAAGCCAAGAGCUCCUUAGCAGAGCAGCAGCAGCAGCUGCUGCAGCAGCAGCAACUGCAGCAGCAGCAGCUGCAGCAGGAAGCAAGACCUGCAGCAGCAGCAGCAGCAGCAACUCCUAGGCAGCAACAGCGUGCGUUCUUAAGGAAGGGCUCUGGUAUAGGUGGUGGGCAGUACGCAAAGAAUGCUGCUGCCAGCAAGCAGAAGCAGCAGCAGCAGCAGCAGCAACUGCAGCAGGAGGAGGAAGAGGAGGAGGAACUGCUGCACAUGUAG